AUGCGAUUUGGUUCUCAAGCUGAAGGCAGUAUAACGCAUACUGAAAUAGUUCAACUCGGUUUUAUUCGAAGUCUCGCACAAUAUUUUCUUGAUACUCAAAAUGGAAGUAAAAUUAAACCGGAUGAUUUUAGACAAGAAAAUACGUUGGAUGGACUUUUCCAAAUAGUUCAUCCCAAUUGGCAUAGUGAGCAACUAAAAUUAAAUACUUUUCCAUUGAAACUUGCUAUUGACACGAUCCAAGUGCAAAAUGCUCUAGUUGAUCUUGAAGCAGCAACAAAAGAUUUGCCCACAGCUCAUUUCGAUGCGGAAUCAUUUGUAGCGAGCAAUCGUCGAGUAAUGGACUUAAGAAAGAAAGUUAUUGAAAUUGUGAAGAGUUCAAAACCAGAUUUUGAUUCAGCGCUUAAAAAAAUCGGCGAACUACUCCAUACACUUCAAGACUUUUAUUCUCAUUCAAAUUGGGUUGAAAUGGGUAAAACCGAUGUCAAUGCUCGUAUAGGUCUCGAAGAAAAUAUCGGUCGCAUAGCUGAACCAAAUCAACCAACAUGCUCUAGUAAUGGAUGUCAAAAGAUUAAAUCCAGCUGUAAUAUUCUGGAAAUUAUGUUUCUAAAAACAUGUCCAAUGAUUUAUUAUGAUUGCAAGGAUAAUAUUUUACCUGAAAUUCUUACUCAAGGCAUACUGACUAGUGGUUACUAUGCCAAUCAAUACAAUGAAAAGAAAGAACCUGUACUAAAGCCAACCAAUGUAGCAAAAUGUUCCCAUGGUUCUAUAAUAGAUACAACAGCUCAUCAAGCACCUAUUGGUGGUAUUAAUAAAGAUUCAACAAAGCCUGAAUAUUCACCUCAUUAUUACUUUCAUCUUAAAGCAGUUCAAUUAGCAAUAGAAGCUACUCAACGAUUCUUCAAUGAUUUACGCAAAGAUAUAGGUAAUCCAAUUUUUGAACGCUUGUUUUCAAUUAAUCCAACCACAACACAACUCGGCAAAGCAGCAAAAGCAAUUGCAGAAAAUGAAAAAUUUCGUUUCUUCUCAUCAACGUUUUCUAUUGGUCUAAGUACUGGGGAUGCUGAAUUUCAACAGUUCCUCAAAGGAGUCCUUCAGAAAAUUUUAAACAUAUUUAUCGGUAUUAGACGUCCCGACACUCCAACUUAUGAUAUUAGUGAUUUGGUCAACAAACAACCUAAAGCAUCUAAAGGUUUGCGAUCGGCAUUAAUCGGCAAUGAUAAAAUGACCAAGAAAAAGAGACUUAGUCAACGUCGAUUUCGUUGGAUAUUAUAA